AUGAUAUUUUCAAUUGGAAAUAGUUUUAGUUGGAGUAGGACGGCAGUGAUGAUAAUACUCAGUCAAUUAUUCAUUUCACAAUGUUGUAAUGGACUAGAAUAUGUAUUGAUAAUGACAUUUAAUACAUCGUCGUGUACAAUGGCAACUGUUAAAGAUUUCUCUAGUAUCCCUUUAGAUACCUGUUUUCCACAUGAACAAUCUAUAUCCAAUUCAUUCAAGUAUACCAUCACAAAGUCUGCUGAUGGUAGCAAGAGACCGACCAUCAACCAAUACGCAGACAACAAUUGUACUUGGAGAUCAAGUGAACUAGUAGACAAUGAUGUUGGUAUUGGGACAUGCACUCAAUCCAAAGUGGACAGUACUAUUUACAACAAUGCAGAGAUUAUCACAGAAGCUAAUCAUCAAGCCAUCAAUCCAUUUGGAGACAGAUAUUGUUAUGAAAAGUAUACUGCUCCAUGCAAAGUUGGUGUCCCAUAUAGCAAGACUUGCUUCAUGAGGGGAACCAAUGUGUUUGAUAGAGCAACAAAUGAAUGGGUAUCCAGUGCUAAUAAAACAACAAAUGCUCCUCCUUUUUCGGGCCCAGAGAUGAUAUUUGGUAUGCCAUUGAUCCUGGAAUACAAGCUAUUCUACGAAUCUUCGGAAUCAGUCCCAUGGUCAUCUAUUGUAUUCCCAAUGGACAAGGGGUGUGACAUUGUCAGCACAAAUAUUACUCGAUUUACAAAUCUCGGACUAAGAGUAUUCCUCACAAACUAUAAAGGAUUGGGACCUGCUGCAAUUAGUAAAGAAACAGUGUAUAGUUCUUGGGAAUAUUACAUGGAUCAGUAUGCUUAUGUUAAUCCAACUCGAACACCUGACCUUCUACAAGACAGCUCUAUUGAUUGUCGUGUGAUGGGUGACCAAGUGGCUAUGUGGCAAACAGCAGAUACCAACAAAGAGAUUUUCAAAAUCGAUUGUAUUAUCCAAGAUGAUGCCGAUGGUGCUGAUGAACCAAGAGAUAAAGAUAGAGACAACGAUCCAUGCUAUUCAGAAUCGUUUGGAGGAUGUAAAAGAGGGUCGUCGAGUGAAUACUCAAUGUCAUGUUAUGCAUACGGCUAUAUUAAUUGUAGUUCUGCCUAUCACGUCAAGUGUCAAGCAGGUAAUAAUGUAUGUGAAUACAAACAUGGUCAUUUGGUAAUGCCAGGUACCAAUGAUACACAUUCAUCUAAAUCAUCAUUGGUUCGACCAUCAGCAUCAUCAUCCGCAGUAAAUACAAAUUCUAAUUUGUCAUCAUCUGACAAUCAUUCAACCACCACUACCACAACAACAACAACAGGAGUAGUACAACUAAAUACAACUACUACUUCUACAACUACUUCUACUGCCACUACCACCACUACAACAACAACAGGUGAAUCUUCACCACCUGCUAAACGAUCGUCAUCAUCAUCACAAUCCACUGCUUCAUCUACAACAUUGUCAUCUUCAUACUUUUCUAUUAUUAUUAUCGCAAUGUUGGCAUAUAUAUUCCUUCCUAUUUUAAAUACCUUAACUUUAUAA